CUCAAACUUCCGGCGUCGCUAGCUUAAUUCACCGAUCGACCGAUGGACCCUACCAUGCUAAUACUAAUGAUCACAGAUGUGACAGAUAGUCAAUCUUAAUCCGAGGGAAUAUGGAGAUAAUCAUUAACUCAUAGGAACGCCGGUCAUAUUAACAUUACAAAAGUAAGUUUCCCAGUUUCUUUCUUACUUAUAGCAAAAUAUGAUUUGAUGAUUAAGUUUAAGCCACCGAGAUGAGAGAUGCCAUGACGUCAUUUGCCUGUUUAUUAAAGUUUCCGUGAAUUAGAGUUCAUGUUAGGUUUAGGGAUACAUUUUUUAGGGUUUAUGUUAGGUUUAGGGAUACAUUUACUUUAGGGUUCAGGCUAGGGCUAAUGUUGAGUAUCAUCCCAUGACGUCAUUUGCGUGUUUAUUAUAUUAAAAUAACAGUGAAUUAGGGUUUAGAUUAGGUUGAGGGAUCGAUUUAGGGUUCAGGUUAGGCUUAGGCAUAGGAUAAUAGGAAUGGAUUUAGGGUUCAGGUUAGGCAUAGAGAUUGAUUUAGGGUUAAAGUUAGGCAUAGGGAUAUAUUUGAUUUAGUUUAGUGACAACCAAGAUGGCAGAAACCCGGAGAGAUUUCUCAACAUUCUCCCAGGUUAGGUUUAGGGAUGCAUUUAGUUUAGUGACAGAAUUAACUGUUCUUGUCACUCUUGUCAAUGUCAACCAAGUUGGCGGUCAUUGGAAAAAAACCAACAUGGCAUCUCUUCUUUGGCUCUUUGCAUUUACCGAAAUGACUAAUGACUAAUUAGUUUAGUAAUGACUAAUAGUAACUAAUACUAAUCAUCAAUCAUCACAUGGCCAUGCCGAUGCCUUAUAUACUAAUUAGUAAUUACUAUACUAUAGUCUAUAGUAUAGUCAUAGUAUAUACCACCUAAUCCUAACAAAUCUGAGCAUCUUUAAUUAAUUAUUUUAAUUAUAAUUAAUAUAUAUGAAUUAUUGGGCACUUUCACUGUUAAAAAUAGGCAUACAUACGUAAAAUCCUCCAAAUCAUCAUCCCCCUUCAAUGAGUACUUAAUACUCAUCAAAUUAUUUGUCAAUAAAUUAUGUUUAAGGAUUCACUCUUAGACUUAGACUUAAGGUCUUAAGUCAAAGUCUAACCACUUGAAAUUGUUAUUAAUGUUAUUGAGGGGUGCAGGGCCAGGGGACAAUAACUGCUAAAUCUAAGUUACUUACUACUAACUUACUAAGUAAUAAAUUGUUGAAGAAUGAAAUUUCCAUUUUAAAAAUUUUAAUUCUGAUCACUUAUUAUUGAAAAGUACGACUACUUUUAGUAAUAGCUUUAAACUUAAACCUACGAAGACAAAGUUAGUAUAGUAUUAUUAGAUAUAUUGACUGUACUACUCAGUUUGGUACUUCAAUUUUAAUUCACCGCAAAAAUUAGCAUUACUGCUAUUCUAUUUUUAUGCAAUUAUAUCCGGUUUAAAAUAUAUAACUGCUUCUGUAGACACCAUGAAUUCUUUGACAAUUUCUGCAUUAGUUCACAAUGAAGUUAGUUGUAUCUUGUUUCUACAACAACACAGUAUUAUACAUGCUGUCAGACGAUGUGCUAACAACCAAAAAGUUAAUGGAAUGCCAAUACUCAACGCAUCGAAACAUACGUGGAAAUUGGCAAAAGAGAGAAACAAUGGCACACACAGACAUAUGCUCAAUUUUUAUAUGUGUGGGCUCGUUUUGCGUCAACGUGUUAAAGUUAAAGCAAAUGGUUUGAAUGUAUUCAACGCCAUUCUAGACAAUAUUGUUCAAAUUUGGCCACCACAGUAGGGGAGGACUUUAAUAGAAUUAAAUAUGUUUUAAUGCAAAAUAACAUUUGCUUUAUUGGAAGUGUGAAUAAUAAUAAUUUUUGCGGUGAAUUAAAAUUGAAUUACCCUCAGUUUCUGUCUUCUGUGUUGCAUAUUUUUACUGACCUUAUAUCAGUUCUAUUUCGAUUGAAAAGAGCAAUAAUGUUUAAGGGCCGUCCAUAAAUAACUUCACAUUUUAUUGGCAGAUUUUUUUGUAUAUCUCCUUUUCUCAAUCCCACCAUUACUAAUUUUGUCACACAAUUUAAAUUUAAAGACCCUCAUAAUACAUCCUCACUAAUGUAUGCCCCCUCUCCCCAUAGAAUUAAUGGUUGGCACCUUGUUUUUUUGUUUUUUAAAGUGCUACAGGUUAGAAUCUAUUUCAGCUCUAUUUACUGUUUUUAAAUUAGAAGUCAAAAUUUAUAUUUGUUAUUAUUAGAUUUUGAAAAAUUUCAUUUAUUUGCAGAUGGCUUUAAAAAUAAGUUGUCCAUCUCAAAAGCCAAAAUGCUGUGGUGGUGCUAAGCCAGGGUAUUGUUUAAAUACCUUAUGCCCUAACCAUGAGCAUAAGGAAAUAGUGUUCACCCAACACCCAGAUGUAGAAAAGCAAUUGCAAUUUGAGAGACUCUGCCUUGAAGAAGCCAAAAGGAAGGUGCAGAAACAGGAAAGGUAUGAGUUCCUUAAACAAGAAAGAAAACUUGUGGGGAUGAAGGAACCUGAUGAGGAAGAAAUGAACAAAGUGUCCUUAUAUGCUAACAAAGUUGAUAUUGAUGAUACUGAGCAACAAAAACCUAAAUCUUGUCCUACUAUUGAUUUAAGAAAGAUUAAGGUAAACAGUUUGAAGUCCAUUACUUAUCUAAAUUAAACCUGUCUAUAAUAAUUUUAAAAAAAAUUAGUUUACCUGCUCACAUCUAGUCUUAAGUGGCAGGACUGUUUAUGAGUAAAGGUUUUAUUUAAAAUGGCAACCAUCUAUCAAAUCUUUUUUUUUUUAAAAAUCUCAUUAAAUUUAAAUAAAAGUUUCAUGCAAUCUUAGAAUUACAACAUUUUUACAAGACAUAAACAAUCAAGAAGUAAAAACAAAUAUUUUUCACCUGCUUCACAGCAUUAAAUCAAAGUAAGCAUGCAUUUAGUAUGUUGCAUUACUAAUUAUACUGUACCUAAAAAUAAUACUUCCAUUUAGUGAAAGCUUGGUACCUAGAAAAAAACAAAAACCUAAUGAAAUAAGAAAAUAAAAAUUAUUUUGAAUGUCCACUUAUUAUUUUGAAACAACAAUAACUUUCUUUCCCACUACAUAUAAAUAUUAACAAAUUUUCCUGAAAUAAAUUUGUAGGUGCCUUUUAAGACAUAGGGUAAUUUAUAUUGAUUGAUUAUACUCCAUGGAAAAGAUCAAACAUGUGCUGGAGGUGGACCAGUUUGCUCUAUUAUCCUUAUUAGUGCCAUAUUUCAAUGUUGCUCCACCCCUUCCCAAUAUGUCUCCUCUCAAUUUCCUUCCUAAGCCCCUCCCCUCAUCCCGUUCCCCAACUCCUUUUUUAAACACACCUUUUUUCCUCAUCAAACUUACAUUUCAAACUCCGCACAUUCUCGCCAACGCCCUAACCCUUUUCAACCUAUUCCUUGAAUUCCUUCUUCCCUUAUUUUCCACUUUCUGAUGCCCUUUCUUCACCCAAUGUAUACCCUGUUUUAUGAAUCCAUAUAUUAAAAAUCAGGCACCCAAAAGUAGAAAAUUAAAAAGACCAACAAAAAUCUGAAUUUGCAAAAAAGGAGAUAAAUAAAAAUUACAAUUAAAUAAUUUGCUUUAUAAUUUAUGUUCAAAGUUUUAUUUGAAGAAUUUAUUAUAAAUCCAAUGCCUUAAAGAAAAAACCCAGAAAAUUUAAAUCUUCUGGAUUUAUUUCCAUGAACACAUAAAACCAUGAACCAAUAGUUGUGGAGUCAUUAUUGUAUAGAUAUUACAUUGUUAAACCUGCCAUGAAUUUUCUCUAUUUCAAGUUUGAUACUGAAAAUAAUAAGUGGAUUUUCUCCCUUAAUAAGAUAUUACAAAUUUAUGACAUUUUAUUAUCAACCUUUUGGAUCUGAUAUGGACCUAUCAAAAUAUAUUUUUAUUUUGGCCACUUGUUAGACACCUGAAAAGAAAAGCAUGAGAAUCCCUGCUAGAAAAGCUUGUAUGUUAGAGGUACCCCACUACAGUCCACCAGUUGAUGACUACAAUGAUCUUUCUAACUUCUUGCGCAUUUCAACUAUGCCUGGCUACAGUAACAGCAAUACUGUGAGUCAAUAUCAAGAUACCCACAACAUGUCUGUGUGGAAUAAUCGCAAGGAUAUAGAUAGACAAGCAUACAAGAUGAGGAAAGACUGGCUCUGUAAGUUAUUUACUCAAUUUAUACUGAUUUCAUAGUCCAAGGGUUAUGCACACGUGUUGAUCCCACUUCUUCCCAAUCAUACGGUCUCAGGCUUCUUUCCUUUUUACAAGUUAUACUCGUUAUUAGUGGUUUAGAAGGAGGUGGUCCACCACAGUAGGCACUUUUUUCUUUAUAUGGAGGGGUUGCAUUUUCUGCUGCCUGCCAAGUCUAUUCUGUGAGGGGGGCAGCUAAAGUAUUAUCGCUCACCAGGUCACACUAACCCUUGCUACGCCACUUUCCUGGCAUAUAUACUAAACAUUACACCCUAAUUUAGUUUGCCUAAUUUGUUUUUAACAUUUAACCUACUGUACUACAAGAAAUUACAUAAUUAGACUAACCAAAUGAAAGGCUCCAACAAGAACAGAUUGAACAUGCUACAGUAGUCAGAAUAUUGAAUUAAGAAUUAUGGAAUUGAAAAAUUUAUAAAUCUAUUUGGCUAUCCGUCAGCUAUUUUCAAUAAUAAUUUUGUAACACACCUACUCUGACAUGGCGUGGGAGCUUAUUUCUUAUGCUGUGGGUUAUGUCAGUAGUAUGGUUACUUAUGUUAUGUUGAUAUUUCAGGAUGCCGACUAAGGCUUCUUCAUUCUUCCACUUAUAAUCCGGGCACGCAAAUAAGAAUACUGAAUCCUGGUUAAACUUACAGUACUUUAUUGAACACACUUUAUAUUGAUAAUAUUAAUAUAUAAUCCUUGCAUGAAUGUAAUUUCACAUAUAUAUCUAUAGUAUUCCAUCAUUAAGAAAGACACGUCCUCACACUAAACUGUCAACUGUAUAAUCACACAGCUCUCACGCUACUGACUCUACUGCUCUGCGCUCAGCUCUCUACUAUAUCAGUCAACUCAUACUUUAUUACCAGCAAAGCGUGCAAAACAACCGCUCUGACAAAAACAUAAUUUUACUCUCCAAAAACGUGGAGCUCACAUUUGUAUCUCAAAAUACAAUUCAUUGUCCUCGUGGUCAAAAACAUAAUUUUACUCUCCAAAAACGUGGAGCUCACAUUUGUAUCUCAAAAUACAAUUCAUUGUCCUCGUGGACAAAAACAUGGUCAACACCAUUCAUUGUUCACUCAUGCUACCUCUCUGUUUUCAUGUGAAAACAUUGUCCGUUACAAAUUUCAUAACUGUUUAUUAAGUGCUCCUUUAAAAACAUCCCUGCCCAAUUAAGUGAAGUUAGAAAAAAAAAGGUAUAAUUUGAACAUUCAACUUAUAAAACAAAAGUUUAUUAACUAGGUAGUCAUACUUAUACAUUGUACUAUAUCAUAUCUCUUGAUAGUACCAGUACAUUUUUUAUUUUUGUAAAUCACGGUUUAACACUAAAAACAUACAUUUUUAAAAUGCCUAGGCAUUUCUUUGUUCAACUGUCAGAAUCAAUACCAGUUAUUAAAAGCAGCAGAAUUAACAUUUAAAAACCACUUUAUAGUUAAGUUCUACUGGAAACACUGGAAUUUUUAAAAACGUUUUGUGGGCAAGAUUAAUGAUAUGAAGGGGGCUAAGGGUGCAUUGUUUCUUGGCCACCCCUUUACUUGUUGUUUUUUGUUUUCCUUCUUUCUUCAGAGUUCAUAUCAGUUGGAAAUGAAAAUGGUCACUGACCAAAUUCUAUAUAUUGCAUGAAGAUCUUAAGCUCCGAUUUUUAAAAAAAAUCCAUAUUUUUAAGAGUUCCUUACUUUGAGUUGUGAUGUCAGAAUUUAGUCACAUAAGAAAUGUGUUCCUUUCUCUCAAUCUCAUCUCUAUAAAUUGUACAUUCUCCCUAUCAUAUCCACUUCUUUCCUUUUUAAAAAAAUUGUGCUUUCACUAGUUGUGCUUUUCUUUUCAAACAUCGGAUCAGAAGUCUUACUUUAUUGAAUUUUAUUUUACUUAACCACUUCAUUACCGAUGACGUCGAUGUCAUGAUCACUCACUUUCAAUUACCAAGGACGUCACAUCGACGUCAUAACAAAAAUUUUAGAACUUUUCUGAAAUACCGCAGGACGUUACGUCGACAUCAUAUUUCAAUGCUAUAUAUUUCCUUAUUCUUUAAUCUAUAGAGAAGUUAAAAAGCGAAUCGUAUAGAGAAUGAAACAUACCGAAAAUUUCAUCUUUUUAGUUUUUUGUUGCUCAGUCAGCAAAAAUCUAUGCCCAAAAAAAGACCCGCAGUAAUGAAGUGGUUAAAUGUCCUUUUAAAAAAAAUUUAAACCCCUAUUUUGUUUUUUUGCAGCUGUUUGGUCAGAAUACAAUGUGGUAGAGCAACACUGGAGAAAAGACUGGGCUGAAAAAUUUUCAGGAACUUCAGCAAAAUAAAUACUUGCUUUAAUUAGUAGCAGAAAUGUACCCAUAGUUAUUGCAGUGACUUUUUAGAUGUUUUCUCCAUUCAUUUACUAUUCUGGGGCUCAACUUAUUGGAAUAAGCUAAUGUUUUUGAUUAUCCAAAGUUGAUAUAUUUUUUAGAAAUACUGUUAGUAGUUGAAAAUUACAUUUUUUGCUAAGAACUUAGAAGUAAAGCCACAUUUAUUUAUCCAAUUUUAAAAGACUUACAAAUUUUUAACUUUCAAAUGAUAAAACUUAUGAGGCUAAUUUCAGGAAUGAUGUAUGCUGCAUGGAUUUAAUUAUUAAUUUAAAGAUGAGUUGAAUGAUGUGUACAUCAGAGAUGGUUAGAAGAACACAUUUAAUUCACUGGUAUAAUUUAUAUAUAGUUUUGAGGACUUCUAAAAAAUGAAAUUUAAUCUUGAUAAAACAUUUCCAAAUUAUAUUUGUAAUUUUAAUUUUGUGAUAAUAAAGAUUAUGUUAUAUAAAUAUGAGUGAUACAUAUACAUAAAUAUAAUGGCUAAAAAUAGGAGAUUGUUAUUGAUAUGUUUUCCUCAACAUCAAGCAAUUUAAUAACUUUUGUAAACAACACAGCAUUAAUUACGUCAUUUCAUAUAGAAAAAAAUAGAAAAAAUACUCACAAUAAACAGUAUUUUUACAUCAGUAUUAAAAAAUGAAGUGCUAUUUUAUUGGUAAUUUGUUGUUGUUUUUUAACAAAUAACUGUAAUCUUCAAUAUUUCUCUUGAUAUUAUUUCAGUAUUAUUUUCCUUGAAUGUUGAUAUUAUUUCAUUGUUUUAUUUUCAAAUAUGUACAAUUUUUAUAUCAUUUUCUUAUUUAAAGUAUUUUAUAUAUUUUAAAAAUUCAUUUCAAAUGUUUGCAAAAAGUGUGAAGACUUUAUCCAGUUUUACAUGAUAAUAUUUUUUUUAAAAAUUGUUCUUGUGAAAAGUAUUUGAUAUUGUUAAAUGUCCCAAAUAGUUUGUUGGAAAAGGAAUUAGAAAUAUCCUUAAUUUUUUAAAUCAAGUUUCUUAUAGAUAUGGUUCUAACCUCAUCAAACUUUGAUUUGAACUGAAAAUAUUUCUUGAAUGGAUUGGAUAAGUAAAAUUAUAUUUACCAAGAUUAAGAAGCCGAAAGAAAAUAUGCAUAUAAUAUCAAACAUAUUCAUCAUUAUUCUGUUUUAAUUUUAAUUAAUUUUUUUAAAAAUGCUUUAUUAAUUUUUUGGUGUUAAAAAAGUUUAUAUUUUGAUUGCUUACAAGGGAAUUCUUGAAGCUUACAUUAGCAGCUUAUAUUAGCAGCUUAUAAAUAAAAUUGUUAUUUUAGAUUUUAGGAAAUUAUUGGCAGAAAAAAAGUUUGCAACUGGUUUUUCUAUUAUUAUUUUUGAUUUCACUUAAAACUAUUAAAAGUAUUCAAUUUCAAUCAAUUUCAUAUUUUUUAAAGCAAUUUUCAAAAAAAAAAAAAUCAGAUGGUCAAUUGCCCAUAAUGGAAAUUUGUUUAGAUAUUUUAGCAAUGAUCAGUUAAAUAUAGUAUGCUUUCCUUAUCAUAAUUCUUAAGUUAGAAAAUCAACAGAAAUGUAAAAAGAGAAUCAAUAAAAUUGUCAAGUUUAGACUUCUUUAUUUUGCUUAGUUAUUAGUUAGUCCUAAUCAUUGCGACUUAUUUCAUAUUGUUUGUGGAUGGUGAGAAAAAUGUAAGGAGAUCCAUCAGAACCCAUAGAUAUGUCAGUAUUGACAGUAGGGUAGCAUUUCCCGAAAAUACCUGUGAGUACUGUUAGUUAAAAAAAUUCUAAAAAAUCUAGCUACUUCUUUUGUUUUGAGGUUUUGUUAAUUUUUG